UCUGAACUCUUGGGUAGUUCGUAUCGUUCUGGCGAUAAUACUUUAUUGAGUUAUCAUAACUUUUAAUUUCACGUAACUGUCACGUAUUUUAUUAGAUAAUUUUCAUUCCUAGUUGAUAUUGCGCAAGUAUUUCGCUAAAUCUACUUUGCUCUAGUUAAUUUUCCCGCCACCUUACUGAUAUUAAUAUAUAAAAGAAGUUAUAUGCUGAGUAGAAUUGGUAUAUUCAUUAGUACUGCCAAGUUGCAAAAUAGUAUUAGCUUGUCAAGGAACAUUCGAACAGUAUCUGCCAUCAUGUCCAAGUUUGAAUUACCAGAGCGUUUCAAAGGAAAUGAAAAGUCUGUGUGGGUGGAAUAUAUUCAGUUGGCUUUGAAAUAUAAGCCACUUAAUCUUGGUCAAGGAUUUCCUGACUUUUAUGCACCAGAGAAUGUUACAAAAGCUCUUGCCGCUGCAGCCACAUCAGAAAAUCCAUUGCUAAACCAAUACACUAGAGGUUUUGGUCAUCCAAGAUUGGUAAAUGCACUUGCUAAAUUAUACUCAAAGCUUCUACAAAGAGAUCUAGAUCCAAAUAAUGAAAUUCUUGUCACAGCUGGUGCCUAUGAAGCACUGUACGCAACUCUCCAAGGACACACAAGUCCUGGAGACGAGUGGAUUAUUAUAGAACCAUUUUUUGAUUGUUAUGCCCCAAUGGUCAACACAGCUGGUGGAAUUCCAAGGUUCAUUGCGUUGAAACCAACAAAAACCACCGGAAAGGUAACUUCUGCUGAUUGGGUCUUUGAUAGAAAAGAAAUGGAGAGUCUUUUCAACGAAAAAACCAAAGGAAUUAUUAUCAAUACUCCUCACAAUCCAGUAGGCAAGGUCUUCACCGAGGACGAGUUACAGUUUAUUGCAGAUUUGGCUAAAAAGUGGAAUGUCCUUGUUGUAUCGGAUGAAGUUUAUGAAUGGAUAGUGUACGAACCCUAUCGACACAUUAGAAUAGCUACAUUACCUGGAAUGUAUGAACGUACCAUUACCAUUGGAUCAGCGGGUAAAACCUUCAGUGUAACCGGGUGGAAAACUGGGUGGGCUUAUGGUCCUGAGAAUCUACUAUAUAACUUAAAAGUUGUUCAUCAGAACGCUGUUUAUACUUGUACCACACCUAUUCAGGAAGCUGUAGCUGUUGGAUUCGAGGAGGAAAUCAAGAAAUUCGGUCAACCAGACUGCUACUUUCAUAGUUUAGCUAAAGAGUUACUACCAAAGCGUGAAUACAUGGCGAAAUUCCUAUGUGAUGUGGGAAUGACACCGGUAGUUCCGGAAGGAGGAUACUUUAUGGUUGCUAAUUGGACAGCGCUUGCGGAUAAAGUGCGGCUUCAGGAAGAGGAAGAUGCUAAUAAGGACUACAGGUUCACUAAGUGGAUGACGAAGAAUGUUGGAGUACAAGGAAUUCCACCGUCUGCAUUUUACAGUGACCAGCAUAAACACUUGGGCGAAGAUAACGUUCGCUAUUGCUUCAUUAAGAAAGAUGAAAAUUUGAAGAAAGCAGCUGAUAUUUUGCUCAAAUGGAAAUCGCAGCAGUGAGGAUGAAGCGAUCUGACUGGUAUAAUGUGCCCCUUAAUAAUACUAAUAAUAAUACUACAAUUAUCAUAGAUACUACUUUAGAAUUUUUACCAUGUAUAAUACAAUUUUACGUCGUCUCAUAGUACAGUUAAUAAUAAAGAAAAUGAUAAUUUUAAA